GAUUGGCUGCGGCUGCGCUGGGUCCCGCCCGCGGCAGCAGGGUUUGGUUGAGCGCUGUUUGUGCGCUCGGGGCCGCGCCGGGAGCGACCGGAGGAAAGCCGAGGGAUCGGUGCCUUCCAAGCUCUCCAGUGGGUCCGGCAGCACCGGGGCCAUGACGAGCCGUGGGGCCGCCAGGCCCAACGGGCAGUCCCAGGCCAGUAAGAUCUGCCAGUUCAAACUGGUGCUGCUGGGAGAGUCGGCCGUGGGCAAGUCCAGCCUCGUGCUGCGCUUCGUGAAGGGGCAGUUCCACGAGUACCAGGAGAGCACCAUCGGGGCGGCGUUCCUGACACAGUCCGUGUGCCUGGACGACACGACGGUGAAGUUCGAGAUCUGGGACACGGCGGGGCAGGAGCGGUACCACAGCCUGGCCCCCAUGUACUACCGGGGCGCCCAGGCCGCCAUCGUGGUCUACGACAUCACCAACCAGGAAACGUUCGCGCGGGCCAAGACAUGGGUGAAGGAGCUGCAGAGACAAGCCAGUCCCAGCAUUGUCAUCGCCCUGGCCGGCAACAAGGCUGACCUGGCCAGCAAACGCAUGGUGGAGUAUGAGGAGGCGCAGGCGUACGCGGAUGACAACAGCCUGUUGUUCAUGGAGACGUCGGCCAAGACAGCCAUGAAUGUGAACGAUCUCUUCUUGGCCAUCGCCAAGAAGCUGCCAAAGAACGAGCCCCAGAGCACGAGCGGCGCCGGGGGCCGGAGCCGGGGCGUGGACCUGCACGAGCAGAGCCAGCAGAACAGGAGCCAGUGCUGUAGCAACUGAGCCAAGAUCCCACCUCCAUCCCCGUCCACGCCGCACCUCCACCCCAGCACCGAGACCCCCGAACCAGGACCCUCCCAGAGCUCCUCUAACUGCACUUUUUAAUGCUUCGAAGCCACCACCUGGCACCCGAUCCCACCUGGCACCCGAUCCCACCGGCUCCCGACCCCGCCACCACCCCACCCACCACCCCGGAGGCAGCGGAGCCAGAUCAGCUGGGACUUAACUUCUGAGAAACAACGAACUCUUCUUCACUUUGUAUUAUAGGUGCAAAUAGUGCCCUAAUGCUCGGAUUUCUCCCUCCAUCUCCCCCCUCUGCCCCUCCCUCUCUGCUUUGGGAAAUCUGGGUUCCCCAAACUGCCUCCUCCUGUCCCCACCCUGCUGUGGGGGGUCCCCAGGAGGCGGCAGCACCGACCUCGCCGGUUCUCGUCGUGCCGAACUGGCCGGAACCAGAGCCCUCCGGAGCCGACGGGGCUUUUCCACGGGGUCUGUCAUGGAUUUCUUCGGAAUUUUUAUUAUUUCCCCCCCCCUCCUCUUUCCCGUUGGGCUGUCAGGGGGAGGGAAGCUGCAGUGUCCUUCAUUUCUUCCGA